AUGAAUCUGGAAAGUAGCCACAAAAUUUUAACACACGCGCAAAACAAAGCAAACACAAGCAGUUCCUGUAAAGAUAUGAAUCAACAUGUACUGAAAGGUGAUUGCAGAAAUGGAAUAAAAAAAAAGGAAAUACGAAAUGAGAAAGUGGGGUAUGUCAACAAGAAUGAGAAGCAUUGCAACGUGAAAAAUACAGACACACAUUUUGCGGAAGACGAAGGGGAUAAAAAUGUAGAAGAGAAAAAAAGAAUACCCUUAGAUUUACACGAUAUUGACAAAUUGGCAUAUGGAAGUAAAAAAAUAAUAGCGUUUUGCAUGGGGAGGAAGGAUGACACCAGUUGUUCUACGUACUGCGAGGGUUACCCGCACGAAAACUACAAGGAGGAUAGUGUUGCACUGGAGGGUGCAGUGGCAUGCGAAAUGGAGAGGGGCACUGAUAAUAGUGCAACGGAUGAGGGUGCCAAUUAUGACUGGAGUGAAAGAAGGAAAGCGGGGAAGGAUAACAUAUUAAGGGGGGAGGCGGAAAAGGUGGAAAAGAUAACUGAGAAAGCGACCCAGAAAGGGGAGUUUAAACAAAACGAGGUUAUCGCCCAAACUGGGUUGGAAAUGAAUGACCAUGUCACAAAUGAAAUUGGAGAGGAAUCCAAAGCGAAUUCGCCCAAAAAUAGUACGAAAAAAAGCACCUCCAGAAGGAGCAUGAAGAAGGGGAAAGAAACGAACACCCCCUCGAUUAAGAAUGACAGAAACUUAAUGAAGCAAAAAUGCAUCAAAAUUAAGGAAAGCAAGAAAAAAAUAAAUGACGAUAAUUUAGAACUGAAGUAUGAACAUAAUAGUUCGAAGGAAAUCCAGACAGGUGAUGGGGGGGGCCCGUGUAAUGAAAAGGGUUCAGGCGUAUCAAAUGGAAAGGCGAUUAAUGAAAUACCAGAAGAUGAAAAAAAGGAGGACCAAAAGGAGAGCUCAACAUAUGAUAAAGGAAAUGUUAAAAAGAGCAAGAGGAAAUAUUCUGAAGAAAAUGUUAACGGUAAAGAUGACAUAGGUUUGCACGAAAAGGGGAACACGAAGAAAAAAAAAAAAGACUCUCACGCGAAAGAUGGGGAAGACGUAACGAAGGAAAAAGCGAAAGGUAACCAUAAAAGUGGCCAAAAAGGCCAACACAUAAGUGUAAAUAGCGGAAAAGCGGAAAGUGAGAAAAAAAAACAAGCGGGUGCCCAACUGGUUAUAGAAAAGGAGAAAAAAGGCCAAAGCGGAGAUGCCACUACGGUUGAAAGUGUAUCUCAAGCACGUGCAUAUAAGAAGGAAAAAAUGGAUGACGACAAGACAUAUAACGCUUCAAAAGGGAAGGAAGUGGCCACGAAGGAAAAUAACGUAAGUAAGGAAAAGGGCAGCAAAGAUAAUGCAAAUGAAUUUGAGGGUAAAAAAGAUACGCCAAAAAUUAUUAAUCCAAAGGAUAAUGGACAACCGAAGAAAAAAUAUGCAAGACUUUUGAAAAGCCUGCAAACAAAUUUAUCCAGCAAAAUGAUAGAACAAGAAGGCGGAAAAAGAAUUCAAACAUGGGGAGGAAAGCUAACUUUGCAACAAAAAAUUAAUCAAUUUAUAAAGAACAAAAUAGCGACAAGGACGGAGUACAAAUAUGGGAAGAAGCCAAACACACUGUCCAUAUGUAAUCAGUUCAAUUUGUACAACCACUUAACCAUGCUGAAUGAUUUUAACAGGUUGCAUUAUUACAGAGCGGCGAUGAGAUGGACGGGGCAUAAGGACAUGUGCGAAUGUGAGGACAACCCUUUGAUUGCACUCUGUGGGAAGGGUGAAAAGAGUUAUCUUCAUGUAGGCAGAACGGGUAACACCAUAAACGCAUAUGAUGAAGAAGUUGAGGGAAUGUUGGAGGACCAAAAGGGAGAGAAGAAUCCAUAUAUAUUUUUUGAAAAUAAUAAAGAGUGCUACGUUUACAAUAAGAAAAUAAUUGAAAUAGGAACAGGACCACUUUCCUUAUUAUCCAUUAAUGCCAUUCUGAAUGGAGCCAAGCAUGUAGACGCGCUAGAGGUUAAUAAAGACGCGUCCGAAAUGGCAAAGAAAUUGAUAGAAGGAUAUAAUUUGGAAGAUUUUAUUAAAAUUAUAAAUUGUUAUUCGAAGAUGUAUGUAUAUAAAGAGGAGGAUCAUCAGAGGAGACUGAAAAGAAGAAGCUCCUUUUACAACUACUUUGAUUCUAACGUCGAUGAGCAGCACUGCAGCAAUUUUAAUUACGACUUGAUAAUAAGCGAAGUGAUAGGGGAUUUCGCCUCACAGGAAGGGGUGGCAGACAUAUACCUCGAUUUGCACAGGAAGAUAUUUUCUUACCGAAAGUAUCAAGAGUAUUUGCAGAAUUGGGGCAAGGGGGACGGUCCGAAUGCCCCUACUGAGGAGGAAGGAAGGCCAAUAGACUACGCAGAAAAUAGUAAAAACGAACAGACGGACGAGCAAUAUGAACGGGAUAACGUUAAGAGGGUGAAAAAAAUAUCAUACAACGAAUUCGCAGCAGAUGAUAAAUUAUACAACUGUGAAGAAUUCUACAAGAUGAACGUGAAGAGUAUACCGUAUAGCGUUACGACAUAUUACUGCCCCGUGAAGUUUCCUUACUACGACAAUAUAAUAUAUAAAAGUGAGAAUUACCCAGAGAGGACAAUUAUUAGCCCCAAGAGUAAGCUAUUACAAUCCGUUAUGUUGGAGUGGUCUAACUUACCAUUAACUGAAGAAGAGGAAAAUGAGAACACCCAUUUUGGUACACUAGAAUAUUUAUAUUUGGAACAAAAUGUAGCGAACCAAAUGGUACAAAAAAGGAAUCACAUCUUUUCGAUUCAAAAGAGUGGUCCUUUUUGUGGUUUUUUAAUAACCAUAGAUGUGGAAAUUCGAAAGGGGGAACAUUUUGGAACCAAAUAUGGAACCUGCGACAGUUGGUACACCAACAUAGUUUUAUUAAAAGACGAAAUUAACGUUAAUAAGAACGAUUUGGUGGUUAGCAAAACGUACACAAAUUUGUUAAAUUAUAAUGAGAAUAUUAUUGAUAGGAAAGUUGUUUUGGUUUCAAGGCCGUCCUACACGUUUUAUGGCUACAUAUUAAAGUCGAUGAGGCACAACACGCUUUCUGAGUGCACGUCGGAUAGUGAUGGAGAUAUUAGCAGUAGCUGUUUUGAAAAUUCCGAUGGGGAGGAUUACCCAUCCAACGGUAGUAGCUACAUCUACCUGGAUGACGAAACGAUACUGUUACUAGACCAGAUGCAUUUUCACGAAAAAGUGCUAACCAUGAGGGGAAGACAGAGUGACGAGGACGUUACAAUGGGUGAUUCUAAAAAAAAAAAAAAUACCGCAAGUGUUAAAGGGGAAGGAAAAAAAAUCAAUGCAAAGAAUAACCAUAUGGAGAAAAACAAAUUAAAUGGUUUGGAUGAACAAGUGGAAGAUAAUGUUGAAGGUCAUUCCAAUGUUGCCCACGGAUCAGUGGAAAAUCACUUCGGGAAGAAGGGGAUCGAUCAAGUUGUGGGCGUAACAUAUGACAGAUCAGCAAGCAACAGUUCCAGCAUCGGCACGAAGAAAAAGUCGCAUAAGGACGCCUCGGUGAACAAAACGAAAAAGGGAAAGAGAGCCAAUUUGGAGGAAAAAUGUCCCAAGAAAGAGCCCAUUUCGGACAGAGACAAACAAAUCAACAAGCACGACCAUUCCCCCACAAGUAAGGAAAAUGAAAGGGGCAAAAGCGUUAAAGGAGAAAAGACCAAUUUGGUGGAAACAGUCGAAAAUGGCAAUAUUGCCAACAGCAGUGGCGGAAAUAUCAAUAGUCUCAAUAGUCCCAAUAGUCCCCAAGAAGGGGCACAAAACAAAAACACGCCGAAGAAGAACGCCAUGAAUCAGGCGAAUAGGAAGAAAAAAAAAGACAAUCUGCAAGGCGAAAAUAAAUACAAAAAGAAAUUUUCGGAUGAAAGCAGGGAAGAAUACGAAAAGGACAUAGCAGACAUUAUAAAUAAUUACAACAUGAAUGCGAAAUUUUAUUAUGAAAAUUUAAAAAAUAAAAUCCUGGUUUAUAGGAACAUGAAGUACAAGUUGAUGCAUAUUUACGAGCCGGUAGUUAUUGACUACGAUGAGCAAGCAACGGUGAUUUAUAAGAAGGAUGAUAUUUAUAAUAGCAAGGAAAAUAACAUGAGUGAGUUUGUGAAUAACGUAUACCAUUGA